AUGGUCAAGCUCGACCCAGCGCCCAAAAAGGAACUCGACAAGAGAGACGCGACGGCUGUUCCCAUUGCCGAUAUUCACAAAUCAACGGGCGUCUACAGGCUCCAUGAAGCCGGGAUCCUCGGAGAGGGCGUCAAAGUGGCCGUCGUCGACACAGGCAUCUACUAUGGUCAUUCUGCUCUUGGCGGAGGAUUCGGUCCAGGCUUCAAAGUGGAGGGCGGCCUCGAUCUUAUCGGAGAUGGAUACUGGCCGGGUGAGCCCAAAAACCCAGACAAUGACAUUGAAGACUUCCAGGGCCAUGGAACGCAUGUCGCUGGAAUCGUUGCCGGUGAAACGGAAGAGUCUGAGAACCCCCUGACCCGAUUUAAGGGAGUUGCACCCAAAGCGACUCUCUAUGGCUACAAGGUGAUGGGGUUUAUCGAUUAUACCGACGACGAGACUUUGAUUGAGGCCUUCCUGGCUGCCUAUGACGACGACGUGGACGUAAUCACCUGCAGCAUUGGAGGAGCCGACGGAUGGCCCGACAGUGCCUGGCAGCGAGUAAGCGACCGCAUCGCGGCAACCGGCAUCGUCAUCACCAUCGCCGCGGGCAACUCGGGCUGGGAAGGGGCUUAUCACGGCAGCUCCGGCUCUUCUGCCAAGGGCGUUUUUGCGGUGGCCUCCACAGAGACGCCCGUCAUUGUCGGCAAGCCCUUCAACGCGACUUUCACGGACAAGGCCGGCGCCUCAAAGACGGUCACGCUGGGCUACAUGGCUGACGAGGCCUUCCCCGAGACCAUGAACCGGCCGAUCGUCCCCCUCACUUUGGAUCUUACUUCAGCCGUGGCACGCGGAUGCCAGCCGUUCCCGCCCGGGACGCCAUCGUUUGCAAACUCCAUCAUCCUCCUGCGCUCGGGAGGCUGCCAGAACCUCGUCAAGCAACGCAAUGCCCGGGCGUUCGGGGCCGAUUACGUCCUAACUUACAACGACGAGUCAGUGCUAGAGAUCCCGUUCGGCUACGAGACUGCGACCAUCGGCACGAUAUCCGGCGACGCGGGUCACGAGAUCAUUGCGCUCAUCAAGGACGGCGGCAAUGUCACUGGCGACUUCUCGCUCGACCAAACCAGGCCCAUCGGCAUCGUGAGCCCCUACGGCAACCUCGCCAAUGACUUCACCAGCAUCGGCGCGCUCAACGACCUCUCCAUCAAGCCCGACAUCGCCGCCCCCGGAGGAAACAUCUACAGCACCUACCUUCAGAUGCCGACCUGGACGAUCCUCAGCGGAACGUCGAUGGCGACCCCUUACGUUGCUGGUGUUGCCGCGCUGUACAUCAGCAAGUUCGGAGGCAAGAAGGUCCACGGCGCCAAGUUCAGCGAGCAGCUCAUGAUGAGGAUCAUCUCCAGCGGCGAGCGAGUCGCCUGGUCCCACGGGAUCGUCACCCAAGACUUCACAGCCUCGGUUGCCCAGGUCGGUACGGGCCUCGUGAACGCGUCCAAGGUGCUCGACUACACCACUCAGCUCUCGCUCGAGCGGUUCGCCCUGAACGACACCGCGAACUUUGCCGCACAGCACACUGUCGCCGUCACGAACAACGCCGCGGAAGUCGUCACGUACAGCUUCUCCGUCGAGCCGGCCGCCGGGUUCGACACCCUCGACGCCUCGGACCCAAACAGACUGGCCAAGUAUCCGCUGGCGCCUCAGAUCAUGGUGCCCGAGGUUGCCCUGCCGGAGGAUGGCUUCAGUGUCGGUCCUGGCGAGACCAAGACAGCCGAGUUUACCUUCAAAGUUCCCGAGGGUCUCAACGCUAGGUUGCUUCCAACUUACAGCGGUAGCAUCGCCGUCAAGAGCAGCAAGGGCGAGAGCCUUGCCAUCCCAUACCUGGGCCUUGCCGCAAACCUUCAAAAGGAAAUGCACGAGACCUUCGAGGUUGGAUAUCCCUUGGCAACAAAAGGCCCAGACGGCAGUAUCACCUUGGACCCUACCAACUCAAUUACAUUCACAUUCGACCUUUCCACCGCGGCCCAGGACUUCCCUCGGGUUGCGUACGAGGUGAAGUGGGGAGUCAAGACGCUUCGAUGGGACAUUUUCGAAGACGGCUGGGACGAGAGCGCCUGGACUUCGUACCCGCCUGUUGUGGGGGAGAAUGGAUACGUCGGAACCGCGACAGGUUACCGCCGGACGACUGACCAGGCCAACUUCGACCCGGCCAGGGACAGCAAGAACAGAACGGUGGCAUUUCCACUCGUCAACAUCUUCCGGACGUCGAUCGAAACGCCGAGACACAUUGUUUGGUGGCUCGGGGGUCUGGGAGAUGGAACCGAUAUCAAGCCUGGCAACUAUACGCAAGUCCCCUCCCCCCCUAGAAUAGUUAGGCUACCCCUUCGUUACUGA